AUGCAUCGUCCAAACCUGAAAUUGGAUUACGCUUUGCAUCCUUACUUUCCAGUUGCUUCGCAUUUGGCAAACGCAAUCUCCACUUGUGCAAACUGGAUUUUCAACUUUGCUUUAGGAUACUUUGUUCCACCCGCAUUCGAGAACAUUCAAUGGAAGGUGUACCUCAUCUUUGGUGUCUUCAACGUUGCCAUGUUCAUCCACGUAUUCUUCUGCUUCGUUGAAACAAAAGGAAAGACAUUGGAAGAAGUCGAAGAAGUUUUCAACUCUGGAUUGCAUGCAUGGCAAACACGCAAACUUACAGAGACAAGUCGUGUUGAACAGAUGGCUACCGCUAUCGCACAAGGUGAAAAGGUCGAGAAUCUUGAUCGCGCCGUUAGCCCAUCCGAACAUGACGUCAAGAGUCCAGACUCUGAUCUUUCAGACAAGCAGCUGGGCGGCACUACUACCCAUACUGCUUAA